AUGUCUGAUGCAGAGUGUUCCAAUCCAAAUACCUACUGCUAUGCAUAUAUUUACUAUAAGCAUCAUCAUUUUGCUCACCUCGUUACUUUUAAGUCUAUGCCUGUGAUUGCUGACUUUCAACUUCAUGGUCUCGCUGCCUUGCAUUUUUCAAAGAAAUCGGCGUUCUUUGAGCUGCAUGUGGAUUUUCUUUCUGCUGGUGGAUGUAGUUCCUCUACAUUCAGCGACGUCGACAACAAUUCAGAACUGAUUAGGGCAGAUAGAGAUAGUUAUGAAACUGAUGGAAAAGAAAUUGUUAAACCUCUUCUGUCCGAUGGGUGGGAGAAUGUUUUUGAUGAUCCUAACAAGAUUUUUCGUGGUGGUGUUGAUGCUGUUCGGUUGGCCUGUCAAAAGUAUUGUUUGAAGACUGGGUAUCGCGUAACAAAGGUGAAGAAUGAUCGUGAAAGGUUCACAAUGAAAUGCAGUAAAGUCCCAUGCACUUGGAUGAUCCAUGCAGUUGCUAUUGAUUCUACUUGCGAUGUUUUUAGGAUAAAAAAGUAUGUUGGGAGGCACACUUGUGGAGCUGGUGUGAAGUUGAGAAGUCCUAAAGUAUCGAAGAAGCUGGUACACAACCUUAUUCAUGAUCGUGUGAUGCACAACCCACUUAUCAAGCCUCGCGAAAUUGAAGAUUAUAUAAAAGUUGGUGCUGGUGUUAAUAUCAAAUAUCACCAUGCAUAUCAUGGUUUGGAACGGUCACACCAUGAAAUUUUUGGGAAUGAUGUAAAGUCUUACUAUGAUCUGGUUUGGUGGGUGAAUUCAUUGAAAGAAACAAAUCCUGGCUCUUAUGAGGAUUUUCAGUUUAACGAUGCAACUCAGACAUUUGAAAGGUUAUUCAUCGCAAUAGGCGCUUGUAUUGAAGGUUAUAGACUUUGUCGACCAAUGAUUUUUGUUGAUGCAACUUUUCUGACCGAGAGAUUUAGAGGUACCCUUAUGGCUGCUACUUGUCUGAAUGGGAAUCAAGGUUUUUAUCCGCUAGCCUUUGCAUUGGUCCCAGGAGAGGAUGUUGACAAUUGGGAUUGGUUUAUGUGCAAUCUUAGCAACAUUGUUGAUGACCGUCCUAUCACCUUAUGUCUGAUCGUCAUGAAGGAUUGUCGAGGGAUAUUCCUAAACACUUUCCUACUUCCCAUCAUGGCUAUUGUUAUUACCACUUGCAAGGAAACUUACCAAUCAGGAAAUCGGACGAGAAGUACAAAGAAGUUAUGGCUUGUUUCAAAAAAGCAACUUAUGCUCUCACACCAGCAAGAUAUGAAGAAGCACUAA